AUGGACCCCGAUAAAAUCACAGCUAUGCUAAAUUGGCCCAAGCCUAAUACCCUCAAGGCAUUAAGGGGAUUCUUAGGCCUUACCGGCUAUUACCGGAAAUUUAUUCAACACUAUGGUGCAAUUGUUCGUCCUUUAACCCAGCUCUUAAAAAAGGAGGCCUUCAAAUGGGAUGAUGAUGCAGCGAAAGCCUUCCAACAUCUCAAGAUUGCCAUGACUCAAGCACCCGUUCUAGCCUUGCCCAAUUUUUCCAAGACAUUUGUUAUCGAGUGUGAUGCUUCUGGGGUGGGCAUCGGAGCCGUGUUCAUGCAAGAACGCAGGCCCAUUGCCUUCUUCAGCCAAGCCCUCCAUGGAAGAAAUUUACAACUCUCCACAUACGAGAAGGAGAUGCUGGCUCUCAUGUCUUCAGUACAAAGAUGGCGCCCAUAUUUGUUGGGCCAAAGCUUUGUGGUUCAUACGGAUCAUCGCAGUCUCAAGUACUUAUGGGAUCAAACCAUAGUAACGGAAGCACAACAAAAAUGGCUCAUUAAACUUGUGGGCUAUGAUUUUUCCAUUGAAUACAAAAAGGGAAACGAUAACUCUGUGGCUGAUGCUCUGUCACGCCAAAUGGAAGGACAACUGUUGGCCAUCUCACAGCCCGUGCCGAGAUGGGUGGAGCCCAUUCAAUCUGAGAGAAUGAAGCAGCAGCUUAAGGAAUUCAUUAAACAAUGUGAUGUUUGCCAAAGACAUAAGUCUGAAAAUACCAAGCCAGCCGGCCUCUUGCAGCCGCUCCAGGUGCCAUCUCAAAUUUGGGCUGACAUGUCCAUGGACUUUAUUGAUGGGCUGCCACUCUCUUGCUGUAAGACCACAAUUUUUGUGGUAGUGGAUCGCUUUUCCAAAUACGGUCACUUCGCCGCUAUUAAACAUCCUUAUACCGCCCCGCAAGUUGCUCAAGUAUUCUUCGAAGAAAUUUUCAGGUUGUAUGGCAUGCCAUCUUCCAUUGUAUGCGAUAGAGAUCCUACUUUCACCAGUUCCUUUUGGCGUGAGUUGUUCCAUCUCAAUGGCAUCCAAUUCAAGUUUAGUUCCGCCUACCAUCCGCAAACGGAUGGCCAAACGGAGGUGGUCAACCGGACAAUUGAAAUGUACCUACGACGCUUCACAAGCUCCAAUCCUAAGAAGUGGGUCAGUUGGUUACCAUGGGUUGAGUUUUGUUAUAAUACAAGCGUGCAUUCGGCCACAAAGCGUACCCCCUUUGAAAUUGUUUAUGGCCGAGCUCCACCGUCCUUCUUAUCCUAUGUCCCAGGCACUACCAAAAAUGCAGCUGUAGAGGAAACUUUAAUCGCUCGAGAUACAAUGUUGAAAGAGAAAUGGGUGGGUACAGGCUUUCCAGUUCAUGAUGGUCUUCCACCCUUCAAUAAAGAUGAUGAUGUUAUCCUUCCGCAAGCUAUCCUAGAUCAACGUCUAAUGCAGGGCCGUGAAGAAUUGUUGGUCCACUGGCAAGGGCAUUCUCUUGCUGAUGCAACUUCGGAGCCCCAGGCUGAUUUUGUGUUGAGAUUUCCUUCUUUUGCCCUUGAGGGCAAGGGCAAACUUAAGCGGGCAGGAGCGUUACGUGGUAGUGCAAUAGGAGAAGUCUUGUGCCUUACAUGA